AUGCCACUUUUUGGCUGGAUGAAAUGGUCAAAAAAUGAUUCCUACAAACCCACAAGAUAUCCUGGAUCAGAAGUAGUUACAAAAACCCUACUGAGGGAAUUGAAAUGGCACCUGAAAGAGCGCGAGAGAUUACUGCAAGAAAUUGAAAAUGAACAAAAAGUCCAGAAGACUGGCAUGGAUUACAACUGGCUGAAGAACUACCAAAACCCUCAGGCAACAAUCCCAGCUACCGAGCAACGGCAGCUCGAAGUGUUGUGUUCACAAAUCCAGCCUUGUCAAACGGGAACUGUUCUCAGCAGGUUUCGUGAAGUUUUGGCAGAAAAUGACGUUUUACCUUGGGAAAUAGUCUACAUAUUCAAGCAAGUUUUAAAAGAUUUUCUUACUACCAUUGAGAGAGAAAACCAACAGGACCAACUGGUAGAUGCAUGGAAUACAAAUUGCUCUGAACAUUUCAGCCUGCGUGGAGACAGUUCUAACAAACCAGACAGAGAUGAAAUCCCCACAGUUUCAAGUUAUGUCGACAAAAACACACGAAGCAUGUUUCCCACCUUCUCUCAUAGAAUCUGGAAUCUACCCUAUUACUACCCAUCAAGUUAA